AUGGCGACAAGGAAGAUGAAUGUUCUGGUGUACUCAGGCAAUGGCAGUACAACUGAAUGUGUAAGACAUUGUCUGUAUACUCUACGGCGCCUUCUAUCACCUAAUUACGCAGUCAUCCCCGUGACCGACAACGUGAUCCUCAAAGAGCCAUGGACUGCUUCCUGUGCACUCUUGGUGUUCCCAGGCGGAGCCGAUAUGGGCUAUUGUCGGUCUUUGAACGGGGAGGGGAAUCGUCGCAUCGAGCUUUACGUCCGUCGCGGCGGUGCGUACCUCGGCUUCUGUGCGGGUGGCUACUAUGGAAGCUCAAGAUGCGAAUUUGAAGUAGGGAACCGGGUUCUGGAAGUCAUUGGCUCACGAGAGCUGUCUUUCUUUCCGGGUACCAGUCGGGGAUGUGCUUUCAAAGGUUUCGUCUAUCACAGUGAAGCAGGUGCUAGAGCAGUAGAUUUGCAGGUUCAAAAGGAAGCAUUCAAGACCGGGGUCGUCCCUCAGUCUUUCCGGUCAUACUAUAACGGUGGGGGUAUCUUCGUCGAAGCAGAUAGUUUUGCCGGUAAAGGAGUCGAAGUUCUUGCAAAAUACUCCAGCGACCUUGACGUCGAAGGGGGAUCAGCAGCGGUUGUGUUUUGCAAGGUUGGCGAAGGAGGAGCUAUUUUGACUGGACCACAUCCAGAAUUUGCCGCUGUAAAUCUCGACUCAAAGUCAAACGGUCCAGAGUAUUCAAAGCUGGUCGAUGAACUGGCCGAGGACGAUGCAUCUCGUGUCAACUUCCUCAAGGCCUGCCUCAGCAAACUCGGGCUGAUAGUCAGCCAGGAGACAUCUUCGGUACCAUCCCUUUCUCGUCUCCAUCUCUCGUCAAUGCAUCAUCAUUUAGUCUCAGGCUUGCUUGAUUCCUGGGAAGAUAUCAUCACAAUAGAAGAUGGCGAAGAGUAUAUCAAGGCCGAGAACGAUACUUUCUACCUCGAGAAGCAGGAUUCUCGUUGGUCGGUGAACUCUCUCGUCAAAAUGCUUCCUCUGCCUGGUAUUCCAAAGGGAAGUGAAGGUAUCUCGGCUGAUCAGGUUGAUUGUUCGGAUGACAGAAUAUUCGAUUGUAAUGCUAUCACCAAACGUCUGAUUCCGCACGAGACGGAGUGGCCGGGCACGAAGGAGACGCCAUACUUCAACCACAACGCUUUCUAUAUCAAUUUAAGGAAGUAUCAGGAGGAGAAGGGAGGCGAAGCUGAAGAAUACGGAAAGUAUCUUGUGUACGGAGAGGUUGUGACGAGCACGAGUACUCUGCUCGAGAAGAACCCGAAAUUAUUAUCCACGUUGCCACCCGGGUUCACACUCACCGCUACCACACAAGUAGCUGGCCGUGGCCGAGGCUCCAAUGUUUGGGUCUCACCAGCUGGGUGCUUGAUCUUCUCAACAAGCAUGAAGCACGCAAUGGAGCUCAGUAACACUGCGCCAGUAGUCUUCAUACAGUACCUGGCCGCCAUCGCAAUUGUAGAAGGUAUCCAGUCAUACGACCGUGGUUACGACCAGGUUCCAGUCAAGUUGAAAUGGCCAAAUGAUAUCUAUGCUCAAGAUCUCACAAAGACCGAUAAGAAGGAAUACGUCAAGAUUGGUGGUAUCCUCGUCAACUCCUCCUACUCCUCUGGCGCCUACGACCUGGUCGUAGGCAUUGGUCUAAAUACCACCAACGCCGCCCCUACCACCUCCCUCAAUGCACUGCUUAAUCCCUCCCAGACACCCUUCACCCUUGAAAAACUGCUCGCGCGGAUCCUCACCAGAUUCGAAAGCAUCUACAAAAGUUUCUGUAGGACAGGAUUUGAUCGUAAGCUCGAGGAAACUUAUUACAAGCACUGGCUGCACACGGACCAGAUUGUAACGCUGGAGGCUGAGGGGGGUGUAAGAGCCAGGGUGGUGGGCAUUACUAGGGAUUGGGGGUUGUUGAGAGCGGAGGAAUUGGGCUGGGAAGAUCGUCCGACGGGGAAGGUUUGGGAGUUGCAGAGUGAUAGUAAUAGUUUUGACUUCUUCAAGGGGCUAUUGAAGAGGAAGGUUUGA